GUGGCAAGACGCGCCUGCUGGGCUGCUUCCGUUUGCGUUCUAUGGACACCACCAAAAACUAGAAAGGAAAGCAGCACUGGCUCCCAACGGCUGCUUCCAUUCUGCUCGCCACAGACAACGCUAUCUUCGUCUUUCCUCAAAGUCUUCCACACGCCCCAUCAAUCGCGUCUUCUGAAUUCAGUGAUAGCCUUUAACGAGUCGGGAUUAUCGACCCGCGCUUCCCUUUGUUCUUCUCAACGAACCCCGCUCCCCUGCUCAACAUGGCGAAACAAGGUAUUGAUCUCGACCAGGAUCUCGCUGAAGUUAUCAAUGAACAGCGUCUUCGGCACUUGAGCAUCUUGAGGGAAAUGAUGACGAACAAGUUGCAGCAAGAAUGCGAUGCCCACGAGAAAGAGCUGUCCAAGGCAUGGGAAACCAUCCAAAGCAGCUUGACCGUGUUCCAGAAGAAGAAGGACAACAUGUUUGCCACACUUGCACAGUUUGAAGGCGAGGAGCGGGCUCGCGAGGUUUUCGGCGCUAGCCAGAAAGACGUCGUGCCGCCGACAUUGAGAGCUAUCCCCGCAUAUUUUACCUGCAAGCCCAACAAUGUCUUGUUUUUGCCGACACCCACGUCGGCAACAGCCACGGAAAGCAUGCACAAGUUCGAGACUCGUGAGAACAUUACUGCGGUCGGUGCGCUCUCAAGAGAGAAUGGCGUGGGACCCAUAAGCCCAGGUGGAAACCAACCCGAGACUGACGUGCCGGCGAAAUCUGGCAGCGUCAACGGAGUUCCAUCAAAGUUCUAUGCCAAACGAAGUCGUACACAGUUCGACUUUGGAGCAUCGUCGAAAAACAAGAAGGCGAAAACAACAAACCCGGGCGAUCGCGAGUUAACCCCAACCUCAACACUGACAAAAAAACCAGAUAUCGACAGCUGGGAGGUGGAAGGCUCUGAGUACAUUUUCCAGUAUCCUGCCUUCGGGGCUGGGUAUUUUGUAUUGCGAUGUGGCCUCGGCAGUAUUUCCGAGCCGCACACCUUCACCGCGCAUCCAUUCGAAAACGCUCUAGCAAUGGAACAUUUCAACGACUACAAGACGUGCAAGGGACAUGAUACAACUCGCCAGUACCAGCCAGACGACAUCGUGUCUCUUCACGGCCACCGAGUUCGCGGGGAGAAUGUCAAAGAGGAGUGGGUCAUAGCCGCAAACAUGCGGCUCAGCGCAGAUAAAGCCAAGUCUACGACACCCAGACCCAAAACUCGCAAACCUCUCGAGAUCGUGAGCCAGUUGGGCCCGCUUGACCUUCAGUACAGGGCGACCCCGCGAAGCACCCCCACUUAGGUGCUGAAAUCUGUUCGUUGACAACCGGCCAGCGAUACCUAUCAAUAUCCUUUAAAAAAUUAUAAUGGCAGGACCGCAGGGCGGCUCAACCAGUAAGCGGAAUCGGUCUUCGCUCAAAGGCUGCAGAUUUGUGGUUUUCCUACUUGAUGGCAGCCGUUCAGGUGUUUAUGGUGGGUUUGGGGGAGGAGGGGGCGGUAAGCUGCCAAGGUGUGGGUUGCGCGUCCAGGUGCAUUACCAAAUUUGUAUCCUCUAGACUCCGAGCUGCGAAACAUUCCCGAAGAAGGGAUAAAUGCACGACUUGCCCUUGUCAGUUCAAAACUUGACUUACUAAAC